UAAAAGUUAUAUUUUUACGUAUCUAGUUAAGAAAAGAAAAAGAAAAAAAAAAGCACAUUUGAGGGGGAGAAGAAAAUCUUUGAGAUCUUCCCGAAGAAAAUUAUAGAGAGGCUAUAGGUAGAUGCAGAGAGAUCGAAAAGGGUCCUCAACAAGAAACAUUAAUACCCUAUAAUCUAAAUUCCAAAUGCUCCAGUUGUAAUAUUGAAUUGAAGAAGAAGUGAAAAGGGUAAUUGUUUGAUAUGAAGGGACAAGAUAUUUAAAGAUAAAUUAGACAAGUAAUGAUGAUUGCAAUGAACCAUGUGAUGAAGUGAAAACCAACCAACCCGUUGUCCUUUCAAAAUUCAACAUACUUUUGGAUUUAUUAUUUCACUUUCAAUGACAGCUUCUCUCUCUUCAUUUUCAUCAUGCUAUUGCUAGCAAGGUAGUAGUAAUUAAUGACUAUGUACAUUUUCCAGGAUGGAGCCACCUCAUCAUAUGUUACUGGGAGGUGCAGAGGAAUGUCACAGUAGUGAAUCUGGAUGGACAAUGUAUAUUGGAUCUCCAAUACAUCAUGAAGAUGGAAAUUAUGAGGAUGAAGGUAAUAAUAAUAAUAAAGUGGAAUUUUAUCAAAGGAUGACUCAAACUCAAGUUGAUGUUGAAGUUGAAAGUGAUGAUUCUAUGGCUUCUGAUGCUUCUUCUAGACCAAGUCAUUAUAUUAAUGUUGUUAAUUCUUUGGGAAGUUGUGAAGGAGGCUAUGGUUUGAGACAUUUCAAGCAAAACGUGGAAGAGAAUAAUCAAUUUGAUCAUGAUGUGGCUCAUGAGUACUAUUGCUUAGAUCAUGUUAAGAAAGGAAGUAACAAGAAAGAAAACCAAAUUGGAGAGACAAAGGGGGAGAAAAAAUUGAUUUUGAAGGGUUCAGCUCAAGGUGGUGGUGGUGGUGGAAGGGUCAAGGUGAGAAAAGUUCAAAGGGUGGGAACAAGAAAGUAGAUUUAUUUUAUUUUUCCUUUAAUGGAUUUUGAGCUUGUUUUAUUGAUUAGGUUUUAAUUAGUUUCGGUGACAAUUGUUGCAAUUACUUUGUAUUGUGUUAUUUUCAAGAAUUAUUGUUGUUGAUCAUGAUUAAGAUUUCAAUUUUGAAUCAAGCUGGAUAGGACACGAUUGUUUUGAUUAA